AUGCCACCCACUACCAACACGCAAUAUGAGGAAUUUGAGCCGUUCUUAUUAUCAGAUGGACCUGUCGAAGAAGAAAGAUUUAGGACGCGAUUUAUUCGAAGGAUUAUUCGAACAUGGAGCGAGGUGCCCGACCUGAUAACCUCAGAACAAGCAGUUGGGAUAUUCAAGUGCAGCCUCGCAUAUCUGCUAGCAUCGCUAGCAGUUUUCAUACCGUUUAUUGGGAGUGUUUUGGGCAACCAAAAUGGAAAACAUUUGGUUGCUACCAUCACGGUAUACUUCCAUCCAGCGAGAUCGCAAGGCAGCAUGUAUAAGGCCCUGAUUUAUGCCUUUGUUGCUUUUCUUUUCGCUGCCUUUCUCUCAUUAUCGAGUAUGUGGGUUACCAUCGUAUUUCACAGAAAACACGACUUGAUCGAACUGGGCCAUGCAGUGGUAUUGAUAUUUUUUGUCGGUGGUGGGUUCGGAUUUAUUGGAUGGUUCAAACAAAGAUUAAACGAUCCACUCGUCAAUGUUGCAUGCUCGUUGGCUUCCGUAGCCUCCGUCCUCGUCAUUACCCGAGAAGGCGCUGUGCAAACAGGCGAACUUUCCUUCACGAAGAUCUCUCAAGUACUAAGGAUGGUUCUUUUCGGCAUCGGGAUUUCAACAGCUGUGUCAUUUUGGAUACUGCCUGUUUCUGCCCGUAAGAAGUUUCGCGGAGACCUCUCCACUCUAACAGGAACAGCAACAGUGUUGCUUAUGAGUAUCACCGAAAGCUUCUUACAAGGUGCGGACCAUGGCCUCCAAACACCUGAGUUUACCAAACUGUCUCAAAGUCACGAUAGAAUCUUCGGUCGGUGGUCAAAGUUACUGGGGGAGACGAAGCUUGAGCACUAUAUGGCCGGUACAACUCGAGAGCAUCGUCUCGAAAAACGCUUAGUGUGUUUCAUGCAAGAUAUCACCCAUAUAAUAGGAGGUCUGCGCGGGGUGGUUACCUUACAAUCCAAAUUACUUGCACCGACCAAAUACACAAGACGAACACAGCAUUCGCACAUGGGAACCGACGUUUCCAACUCCAAUGGACCAGAAAAUCCCACACUAAUCGAUCCACCACAAUCUACUCCACGAGGAAACAAUCAAGUCCAUGCGAAUGAACCAGAGGCCUCUUCAACCCACUCUGUAACCCACUCCCCAGCUGAGAUUUUCGAGACAUUGACAUCUAGACUCGAGGUUUCUAUUGUCUCACUUGCUUCUACUCUAAACGAAAUUUUCACGGAGGUGUCCUUUGGACCCGCUCUUGAUGAAAACAAUGGUCUUAAUUUCGACGAGGCAAGAAUCCGAAUCGAUUUGGCUAUUGACACAUAUCGAGAGGCUCGAAAUUCUGCUUUUGCUUCGCUUUACCGUGAAUGGGGGAUAGUAUCUCUCUCCCCGGUAGAUAAGACCGGUCUUGAAGAAAUUCUCGCCAAUUGCGAGUAUUUUUCUGUUUCUUUUCUCGAAUUAAGCGAGCAGCUGAAACAAAUGUUAUCAGUCUUGGCAGAGCUACAGGCUGAAGUCAAUGAAAGACCCAAUGGGAAAUCCUGGGACUGGCUGCAUCCCUCACGGUGGUGGGCCAACCGGCAAAACAUGGGCCUUGAUUUAGACUCAGCGCCUUUGUCAAGCGAAUACAGGGUCGCAUUCGAUAGCAGAAACCCAGCCCAAAGUUCAAGUACUCUUGACCAGUCUGAGGAUCAUCUACGAGGGUGGCCAAGAAACCAGAGUGCCAAGGAUAAUGUCGUCAGGCCCUUUUCUUUCAUCCGAAAGGACGAGAUUAAGUUCGCCCUCAAAGUAGGAAUUGGAGCAGCACUUUUUGCCUUGCCUUCCUUCAUAUCCUUUACAAGACCUUUUUACCUAUUCUGGAGAGGCGAGUGGGGUCUUAUUUCAUACAUGUUGGUUUGCUCGAUGACCAUCGGUGCAUCGAAUACUACAGGCUUCGCUCGUUUCCUCGGUACAUGUAUUGGUGGUCUUUGCUCAAUCGCUGCUUGGUACAUCGCAGGAGAGAGGGCUUUCUCACUCGCCUUGGUGGGCUUCCUCAUGGCCCUUGGGCCUUUCUACAUGACAAUUGUCAAAGGUCAAGGCCCAAUGGCCCGGUUCAUCCUACUAACCUACAACCUUUCUGUACUUUAUACUUUUUCCUACUCUCAACUCGAGUUAAAAGACCCAGAAAAUGGAGAACAUCGCAAUGUCACAGAGAUCGUUCUGCAUAGAGUGAUCUCAGUCAUAUCGGGUAAUAUAUGGGGUAUUAUCGUCACACGAGGCAUUUGGCCUAUUCGCGCGAGAACGAAAUUGAACGAAACUCUUCUAUCCUUGUGGCACAAGCUCGUUCUAAUUUGGGAAUCUGAGCCGCUAAACACAUUGUCCAAUCCGGGCGCAAUAACACCCGUCCUCUAUAUGAGCUCUCGUGAUAAAGCAGAGAUCGAACGCCUCCUUUCACAGCUUGAACCUAUUCAAGUUUCGGCCCGCUCCGAGAUUGAACUGAAGGCCCCAUUCCCAGAUGCUGCAUACUGUAACGUUAUUCGCCGCACGAAGGACAUCGUGGACCAUUUCCAUUCCAUGGAUCUUAUUCUUUCUGCUAUUCCUACACCUUUCGAGGGUCAAAUAUCCCUGUUACGAUAUACUGCAACUACCAGGCAGCAGCUGUCUGGUUGUAUCAGGAAUUUGCUAGCCGCUAUUGCCUCGUCGAUGGAGCUUGAGCAUACUAGCGACCUCCCAACCGGUGUAAACGACUCGCGGUAUCAACUCCUAUCGCAAAUAUCUCUGUAUCGUCAAGACAAGAAGGCAUCACACGCGACUAACGACGAAGACUAUAUCCUACUCUAUUCCUAUGCUCUUGUAACCCGCCAAUUGUCGAAUGAGAUCGUUCAAAUCAUGGGUGAACUGGACCAUAUUCUCCCAUCUUCAGUGAACCAUCUAGUUGGUGACGUUAGAGUUUAA